UUAAGUUUUUGAUCGAUACGACAAACAUGUGAAAACCCACGAUUGCGAGCAGGUAAAGGUGUACUCGUGAAAUUAGGGAAUGAUAUAUUGCACUUGCGUUUUGUUGCCCGAAUUCUAAUCAUUUCCCGAGUCAAGGCUUGCAUGAAGUUAUUCCCUUACAGGGCUUGAAAUAACUAUUGGGCAGGCGCCGGACACAUUGUCCGGUCAAACGUGAUUUUGCUCGGACAUAGGCAUUUUUGGCAGGACAAAUUUAAUCCAUCUUAACUAGUUACAAUAGAGGCUCCAUUUUGCAAGUUACAUGAUCUGUAUCAUUUUCAGCAACAGCAACUCUAGUUACUCAAAACAAAUCGAGUGUGCAAAAAAUUAGAAGUUGUAGUUUUGUUACUCUUUGUUCUGUUACAUUGUAAGUCAGACACGUGGAUUGCAAGACACAACCUCAUCGUUAACGUUUGGUUGAAACCUGACCAAAUCACUAACAAAACGUAACCUUCAACUUUAUAGUACAACAUUAACAUUUUAGCAAAUGCUGCUUUGUUUCUACAAAUAAUUUCAAACGGGCAAAUAAACGUGUGAAAUCGUUUGGUUCAAUAAAUCAAUCUCUCAAUUAACACGAUAAUAAUUUUGAGUGUCAUAUACAUUUUGUAAAUUCUCCGUUACAUCUCUUACACGUUGCGCAAUGAAAAUAAUCGUAUCCUUCGGCGCGACCUGCUGGCCGAAGUAACAUCGCCAUUCGCACAAAAAAUCGUGGUAGUGGGCAUUCAUUGGCAUUUGAAUGCGUUAAAACUUAUACAUAAUGUAUUUCAAAGAGAACAGGGUGAUGAAUGUUGAGUUAACCUUGUGAAUUAGUCGUUUAGUGAUAAACACGCAACAAAUUUACGGACAGGGCGAAAUAAAGACAAACUCUAUUUUUAUGUUUACUUCAUUAACACUCAAAGCCUUUUAUUUUAAUGUUACAUUUGUGAAGUUUUAUUGGAGCAAGAGGGUGGCCUAAUUCAUUAUACUGUCACUCUGGGUCUUUCUUUUUUUCGCUCUUGUUGGCACCAGAUGCUAUGCGGGUUAUUUUCGGCGCAGCGGGGCGUGCAAUCUUGAGCACUUUACAACACGCACAGCAGUAGCCAAUUUGCGGUCGCGACUGACAACAGGAAAGAUCAUCAAUUUCACAAACAAAAGUCCCUCUAGUUAAUCUUUUUUGGGAACAUGAUAAGAUUGAAUAAAUUUCCAACACGAUUGUCUCAAAAUUGAAUUUUCUUUGAAAGCCCAAAUGACCGGACAACAUGUCCGGUCAUCCACGGAUUUGCUCGGACAAUGCUCGAUUCUGACCGGACAUUGUCCGUUGACCGGCCGUUAUUUCAAGCCCUGCCUUAUUUCAUUCGUCACCAUUUGAUUACACAUGCUUAUACUACUUCAUGAGAAAUUUCUGCAAUUUGAUUGGCUUACAGCAGUGGUAUUUCAGCUUAAUUUAAAAUACCUGCAUGUGAACAUUACAAACCUUUUGCGGGUAGAAGCAUAAACAAAUAAUAGCAUGAUUUGUACGUGAUAUUUUGCAUAGAUACCACUCGUGAUGUUUCAAAAUUGUCUCAAAUUUCACUCGCCUAACGGCUCAUGAAAUUACAUAUAACUAUUUCGAAAUAUCAUUCGUGGUAUUUAUGCCAAAUAUCACUACAAAUCAUGCUAUUACCUAUACUAAUCCUGUACUAACGAAAAAAAAAGCCAGCUUUUGCCACUCCAUACUACCCUUUUAUUAUACAUGCAAAAAGAAAUACAUACAGUCGAACCUUUCCACAACGGCCACCCUGGGACAGAAGAAAGUCGCCGUUGUGGAGAGGUGGCCGUUAUGGGGAGGUAGGCCAGCGUAAUAUGACAAAUUUUUUUUAGUGAGUACAACAUGUUUAUUGUGCUAGGUUCAUACUUACUGUAUCUCAUAAUGGUAAUCCAAUCAUACAUAUCAUGGAGAUAAAAUACACAAAAAACUUGAAUCACAUUUUGAAUCAAAAUGUUGAUGUGACAAAUUAACCAAGUUUCGCAACAUUCGCUAUAACUACCGUAGACAACUUAUGCUUGCUGCAGCAGUAUAAAGGAAACAAAAUCAAAAUGCACAGUUGCCGCGAUUAAUCAUCAACGUGCCAUACGGAUCAAAUUUCAUGACCAUUCUUGACUUUUCCAUCAGUCGCUGGCCGUUGUCGAGAGGUUAUUUUGGCAGUUGCGGACACACUUUAGUGGCCGUUGCCGUUGUAGAAAGCUUUAAAUAAGGUUCAAUGUAAUGACUGUCCGCCGCGACAAAGUAAAGUGGCCGUUUUAGAGAGGUGGCCGUUAGUAGAGGUUCGACUGUAACUUCACUGCUGCUUUAGCGCAUUCAAAUUGCUCCGCUACAUCUUACACCAUGGUAAGGGCGGAGCUUAAAGGGGCUAUGAACUUUAUUUUUUUAUGUCGACUACGCCUCCUUAUUCGCCAAGGAACUUGCGAAAUAGACCUUUUUACCGAUACGGCGACCAUAUUGAAUUACUUAGAUUUAAGGAGUAUUGUGGGAUGCCCAGAGGGCAUGAGCACUAUCCGAUAUACUCGCUCAGUAUUUACGUGUUUUCCUAAAAAAAGAUUGUAAUGGGGAAAAAGAUCGUCGUGCGAUGUUUGGAUGUAAUAGUGAUUGCCUUUUUCCCGAGAAAUAAACAGUGAAGUUCUCUGCGAGGGUAAAUACUGAGCGAGUGCCCCCUGGGCAUCCCAUAAUACUCCUUAAAACUAAUAAAUUCAAUAUGGCCGCCGUAUCGGUAAAAAGGUCUAUUGCUUGUGAAUGACCCAACCACAGCUUCUUGUCAAACAAACAUGUUUCCCAAACUUUGUUGCAUGUGCAGCCUGUUCCAGGCUCUCAGAUAGUGGGGAAGACGCGGAGUGUUUGCGCUUUCUCAAUUCCGCGGAACCCGGUUAUCUCUGAGCUUGGAACAUUCUAUAGCUCAUGUUAAAAGCAACAUAAAAGAAAUUUGAAAAACUGUUUGGCUAACACCGAGUUUUCAAAAACUACAAUUGCAACCCGUUUCAAUCUUCUUCAUGGUUUGUCUAUCCGUGUCCUCUUUUGUAUUUUUACGUUGUUUUUUAUACCAUCUUUACGUGUUGCGAGCAGUUAUGUAAUGGUUGACUCAGUUCGGUAGCGGCUCCCACCGUUUGAAUUUUGAUAAAUUUCGUGACACAGUAAGGAUGGAAGGAUUAACAAAGGGUUUUGCUCUUCCUUUUCCUAUAACAAUAUUGUUUUGAUGUUACAGGAACUGGGAAAACCACUUUUAUCCGAAUGUUGGCUGGAAAGCUUGAACCAGACAGUAAAGGUAUGGUGUCUAUCCACUUGGCUCCUUCGCCACUUUAGAAACGAGAAGGAAGCUACAAUGGAGGACAAAAGAACUUGGGAGUGUGCGAAAAACCCUUCCAAGUUAUUGUCACGUAGGACCCUGCUCCUAACGACAAUUUUUUUAUCGGCUCUAAGUUCAUACCCUCAUCCCCCACUUCCCCCCCCCCCCCCCCAGCAAUGUUUUGGCCCCCAAAAAAUUUUGCUCAAAAUUCAACUUUGUUUUGGGUGGGAGGGGAGGGGUCACUAGUUUUACUAAUAUCACUGGAAAGGUCCCAGCACAUUUGACCUCCAUUAUAGAGCAGAAAUGUGUGCCGCAAGUGUUUGUGGGAUUGUUACUACGGACUGGCACUAGUAACAGUCCCCGAAAGUAAACUUGACCCAGUUUUUUUCUUACUUCUCAAGUGGCGAAUUCCAGCCAACUGCAGUUAUUACGAACACCGUGUAUGAGCCCUUAGGAGCGAGAGUCCGUUAUAGGGAGGAGUCCCCAAGGCCAGAGUAGAUUGUAGUUUGUUUUUUGUAAUUAAUACAGGGGCUCUGUCAUAGUGAUAUGGGCAUCCCCGCGUUUUGGGCAUCCCCAUGGCCAAAACCUUGGCUAGUGAUAUUGGCAUCCCCUGUAACCCUAACCCUAACCCUAACCCUAACCCAAAUCGCUAACGGUUUGGUUUACGGGGGAUGCCCAUAUCACUAAGGUUUGGGAAUAGGGAUGCCCAAAACGCGGGUCGGCCCAUAUCACUGUAACAGCUCCACUUUUCUUAGAGAUAGUAGAACGAGCUAGACACGUGAACCUAAGACGCGUAUCAAGGAAUAUUUCACCUGGUGAAAGAAAGAAAUGUGCCCACUUGAAGAAGCUCUUAUGUGAGACUAAUUCGUUUGAUUUCCUUUUAUUUCCAACAGAGCAAGUGCCCGUGAUGAAUGUUAGUUACAAACCUCAGAAGAUAAGUCCAAAAUCAAAGGUAAAGCUACAUUCAGUUAGGUUACUCGUUUUUCCAUAGGCAACUCCUCCACCGGCAACUCCUCUUGUAACGGUUAAACUGACCGUGAGAAGUCUGUGAAGGAGUAAAGGAGAAAAGAAAGAGGACUAGGAGUCACUGUCUCUCCGGCGUUCUCACCCUAUUCACCCUCUUUUUCUCUAAAACAGGACAGUGAUGCCUGCGGAGGAGGCUACAUCAUGCUAGUUAUUUACUGAUAACUGCUUAUAACUGUGACGUGUAUUAUACUGCCUUUUUUUCAGACCACUGUGCGCGUGCUUUUACACGAAAAGAUCCGUGACUCUUACGUUCAUCCCCAGUUCAUUGCUGAUGUCAUCAAACCUCUUCAGAUUGAACCAAUCAUGGAUCAGGAGGUGGGUGGGGUCAAGUUGUACUGUGGGAGGGGACUGUGCGAUGCUGAGCUCUUUUCAUAAAAUAUACGGAAAAAUUUUAAUUGGCCAUUUCCGAGUUUAAAAAACUCUCACUAUCAAAACGAGGCUAAGCGCAAAACGUUUUCUCGUCAAAAUGAGUUUUAUUUGCACGGGACUAAAAAAUCAUUUUCGUAUCAAUAGUUUCGCACUUAGCCUCGCUUUGAAACAGAGGCUUGGGGUAACACGGAGAUGGCCUAUUGUGACAUAAGUUUUGUGAGAUGUAGGAAGAUUUUGAGUGCAGAGAAAGUGGCGGCAUACUAUAGACUUUUGGCAAGGAUGCACAUGCAAUAUGUACUUGCAAUGUGCAGUAAAAACUUUUUUUGUGUUGGAUGGGCGGUCGGGAAACUUAGCAAUAGGCGUGAAAAACGUGGUUUGUUGUUGGAAAAACAUAAUUGGUAUGCGUCGAAACCGUGAUGUGUGUUGGAAGCGCUAAAAAAACUUGUCACUUAAGCAAUCUUGGGGAAAGGAAAAACGUAAUAGAAACGACGUAGAGGUUAAAAACAACCUCAGAGCUGUUGAAUCUUUUCUAUGUAUAGCAAGUCCGUUAAGGUAUCAUCCACCCUCAAGCACCCUCAGUCCCCGCGUUGAUCGGCGCUAGCGCUUUUGCUUUUAAUAAAUACCCCCAUAAACCGUACAUUUUCUGAAAGCUUAAUAGUUCCAGAUUAUUGCUUAUUCCUUUUAAAAGAUCAAAAUAUUAACGCGAUUCAGAAAUGAGAAGCUUUUUGUGAAAGUGGGUGUCACCGUAAAUUUAAGUCCAGGCCAGCCAAAAAUAAACGGAAGAAGCCAAUGAAGAUCGCAUUCGCUUCUUAACACGUUUGACUUAAAAACCGUGUCUCAGAUUUUUGUCAAGUGGGUUUGUUCUUUUGUUAUAAGCAGUUGAAGUCAGGGAUAGCAAAUCAUUAGCACUACCUGUGAAAAAAAUACUCUUACUCGAAAACGAAAAAAGGAAUCAAAAUUCGCAGACACGGUUUUUUAAAAAAACUAUCUGACGGUAAGUUGGCCAAAUUUCAGCCAAAUUGGUUCAGGGGUUGCCUGAUUUUCAUUUCGAGAAACAGGGGAAAAAGAUUUUUGGCGGCGUAUUACCCGUGACGAGAUUAACACCAAAGCUGUCAAUGUUGAUGCAUACCAGAAAAGGGACAACAAUUGUGACACAGCAGGAAAAAGGUUACAAACGAAACCCGACAACAGAUGAGCAAUUUAUUUCAAAGGCUCUGCUCUGUUCGAUCCUUCUGUUGUCGAGAAAGCAUCUUUAGUUAUUUGCGACGGGCAGUUUUCAUUUUGAGCCAAGCCAACUUUUGCUCGAUACAUUUUCUAAAAGUUCGACACUUCCCUGGAAAAAUCGACCACAAACCGCUUCCUGGAGUUUUUCUUGAAGCGGCUCUCCAGCUACAAUAGACUUUCAAAAAAGUCCUUCGUCCGAUUUGUAUAUGGCGCGGGACCUGUCGCGAAUUUGUCGCUCGCUUGGCCGCUUCGCGGCCGAAAAGCUCGCUCCGCUCGCUAAGAAACUCGUGAAACUCGAUUUCGUGGUAGUUUCAAUGGGUUUUUCAGAAGCUUUGUCAUCUUUUAGCCAUUUUUCUUGAUUGAAGUAGGAGCCCUUGUCGCUCUCUGCUAAUUUCGAAGCCCACACUUUGCAAAACGAUCUGGUCGUCUUCUUUCGUCUUGGAGUCGAGGACGAAACCGGACAAGCUCGUUUUUCUUCUUUGGAGGCAUUCACUUCCAAAAUCCAGGGAAAAACAGUGAGUACUAUACUAGAUCACGAUUUCUGUCAAAUUGCGUGAUUAGCUUGGUUUAACAGCGGCAUGCGUAUCAAGUAUGACAGGACUUGUCAACGAUCAAUUAGACUAAUUAGCAUAGAAAAAACUGCACAGAAAAAACAUUUUUUUCUGGAAUUUUUUUUAAAAGAAAGCUCUUCAUGAGCUCUACGUAAUCAUCUAAAAAUUGAAAAUUUCGAAAAAAGAUGAGUUUUUACCCUGGAUGAUACCUUAAUAUUAAGAUUUGUCUACCGUACAAAGAUGGUAACCUGUUUUAAGUACAAACUGAGAUAGAUCGUUGAAAGCGCAGUUACAGUUGAAAUUUUGAACGUGAAAAGGACAAUUUAAACCUUUCAACUAUUAUGGUCGAAACUUCAUGAGCGACCGCCUCUCGUAAAUUACCACCUAUCCAAAACGCCAGAAUUUCCCCAGUCAUACUUGACACCGCGUCUCAAAAGUGACCGCGACCACUUUUGACCUGACGGUUUUAUAGUUUUACAUUAUUUUUAACCUCUUGUAAGUGAACAAUUGCCGCAUGUUGUGGUCUUUUUGUUCGCGGUAUGUACUACGCUAUAAGGUAUACGAAGACCUUUUAGUAAUAAUAUGGAACUACACGUUUGCGCAAACUUGAAAUUGCUUCCAAUGAAAUUAUUAUCUGACAAAAAAAUAGAUGUCUGUCUGGACAUCUUCUCGGAGAGACUCCCCCGCCGUGGUUCGAUUCUCGUAAGCGACCAUCUCCACUAAAACGAUUUCUAAAUCUUCGCAUUUUGGGUGGUCCCUUACGACAGGUUCGACUGUAUAACUGUUAUCAGGUUUAGAAGCAUUGCUUGGGUCCAAGAGCCAUAAUGUUGUUGGGGUCCUCUAUCUUUCCGUGAAAUCAAUGACAGCCCUCGUUGCAAACUGCCCACUCGUCCUCCAUAACUCUCAACAAAGCCCGAUUGAAAUUAUUAUGUUUUGCUUUUUUCUCCGUAAUGCACGUUUGAGCUGCCGAUAUCGCUUUAAGGUAAACAUGUUCUUCUGUUUUAGGUUCAAAACUUGUCUGGUGGUGAACUGCAACGUGUUGCCCUGACGAUUUGCCUGGGAAAGGUAUAGCUCGUGUUUGUUUGCUUUUUAUAGGAUAUAGUAUAUUUAACAUCUUUACUUUUGAUCACGUCCUAUUCGGGCUGCUUCGAGACAACAACGUCAGUUCGUUCAUUGUGAGAAGCCGUUUACACGGAACCGUGCAAAUUUUGUUGCAGAUUGCAGCACUGUUUGCGGUUAAACAAUUUUCACUGUUCCGUGGAUUCCGUGUAAACGAAAGGCGGAUCCGUGCAAGUUUUUGUCCGUUCAGACAUCUGCCCAGACUCGUGUAACGGAGUUUCAGUGUGAAUGCGAGUGCUUGCGUUGAAACUGGAAAUGUUCCCACUCUCAAUUUUGCUUUUAGCACUCUGGGGAGAGAAUGACCGUAAUAUCAGAGUUUAAACUUGUCUUAUUUUGCAGCCGGCUGACGUAUAUUUGAUUGAUGAGCCCUCGGCAUACCUGGACUCUGAACAGCGUCUUGUGGCCGCUAAGGUCAUUAAACGGUUAGUAUAGCUAUGAAACGGUUAGUUAGUAACUAACUUGGGAGCCUCAUUACACAGGACGGAUCUUGCGAAAAAGAAAUGAUAUCGAGAAUAGCCCGAGCAAAGAAGCGUUUACUGAGAGAAAAGAACGGCACUCUAAACGCUACAAGAAGGACCAGCCCGAACGCCUCAUAAACGUGACAGCCACAAACGCCCACCCCAAACACUCCAUAAACAAUACAAACUUUUUAAACGCUACAAACGUCCAACCUCAAUGCCCCAUGAACACUACUAACGCUGUAAACGCCACAAGGAUCCCACCCCAAUGCCCCAUAAACGCUACAAACACUCUAAACGCCACAAGAAGGGCCAGCCCGAACGCCUCAUAAACGCUACAAACGUUGUGGACGCCACAAGGGUCCCACCCCAAUGCCCCAUAAACGCUACACGCUACGCUACGCCACGCCACAAAAAAAUAAUACAAAUACAAAUAAAAAUAAAAAAGAGGCCAGCCCGAACGCCUCGUAAACACUACUAACGCAGUAAACGCCUCAAGGGUCCCACCCCAAUAACACUACUAACGCAGUAAACGCCACGAGGUCCCAACCCAGUGCCCAAAGAGGUGGGUGCCCGGGAGGUCCAGGGGCUUCCACCUUUGGCACAGCCAGCCCCUAGACAGUUGCGCCCCCAUGGCUGGCAAACCCGCGCCCUCCAGCCAUGAGCCCCGACGCCAAUGGAACCAGUCAGUGGAAGAGUAAAGGGCGGGGCGCGAUGGGGGUAAAAGAAUGAUCCAAAGGCCAAACGAAGGGAGUGGCCGCCAGGAAAACGCUGUACUGGGCACAUGGAGGUGAUGCAAGCAAGGCUGACCGCGCUUGAGCCAAACGACUGACCGCUGACCACGCCCGCGCUCCUUGUUGUUAACUGUGUUAAGUAAAUAUUUUAUUUAACUUCAUUUAACAAGUGCGUCGCUUGGUGGAGGUUGGUGCCCGGGAUGUCCAGGGGCUUCCAUCUUUGGCAGAGCCAACCCCUAGACAGAGUUACGCCCCUAUGGCUGGCAAACCCGCGCCCUCCAGCCAUGAGCCCUCACGCCAAGCCGAAGGGACCUCCGAGCUGAACGCCAAGCUGGGAGGAAGGGGCUCAUGGUUGGGAGAAGCCUGAGCCCCAAUACGCCAAACCCGCAGGCACCCACCUAUGCUGAGCAUAAAGAAACAUACAAAGGCUAAACAAGACCCAAGUGCUAAACGUACAGCGCCAACGCCCCAUAAACGCUACAAAUGCUGUAACGCCACAAACGUCCAACCCCAACACCCCAUAAACAAUACAAACGCUGUAAACGCCACAAGGGUCCAACCCCAAUGCCCUUAAACGCUACAAACACGCCUCACAAACGCUACAAACGCUGUGAACUUCACAAAUAAACAAUACAAACACCGUAAACGCCACAAAACGUUCAGCCCCAAUGCCCCUUAAACACUACUAACGCUGUAAACUCCACAAGGGUCCCACCCUCAAUACCCCCUAAACGCUACGAACACUCUAAACGCCACAAGAAGGACCAGCCAGAACGCCUCAUAAACGCUACAAAAGCUGUGAAAGCCACAAACGUCUACCCCAAACACUCCAUAAAAAAUACAGACUUUAAACGCCACAAACGUCCAACCCCAAUGCCCCAUAAAUACUACUAACGCUGUAAACGCCACAAGGAUCCCACCCCAAUGCCCCAUAAACGCUACAAACACUCUAAAUGCCACAAAAAACGAGCAGCAGCCCAAACGCCUUAUAAUCGCUACAAACGUUAUGAACGCCACAAGGGUCCCACCCAAAUGCCCCAUAAACGCUGCACGCUACGCUACGCCACGCCACGCCACAAAAAAAAAAAGAAAAUACCAGCCCGAACGCCUCAUAAACGCCACAAAAGUCCAACCCAAACACUCCAUAAAUAAUAAAAACACUGUACAUGCCACAAACGUCCACCCCCAACGCCCCAUAAACGCUACAAUCGCUCUAAACGCCACAAAAAACGACCCCCCCCGAACGCCUCAUAAACGCUACAAGCGCUGUGAACGCCGCACACGUUCGGCCCCAACGCCCCAUGAAAAAACUACAAAAGCUGUAAAAGGACGCUAAAAAAACCAACACAAGUAGUUGUACACUUACUCGCAAACAGACGCUAAAAGUACAAAAAAGACUAUAAUAUUUUUACAGUACUACUAACACUAUUUACUACAAAAUACUAGAAGGAAUGUGGGUACGUGGUGUAUUCAAGGGCCUCCACUGUGGUCAGCCAGCCCCUAGAAUCCUCUCCCAUGGCUAGCAAAACCCCGCAACGCGGCCAUGACCCCUGUUUCCGGGCACCCGUCACACUGAAGCAUGAUGAAUCAGUGGAAGGAAACAUAGAGGGUAGGGUGGGGAGGGGGAACGCUAAAACAACCGCUUCACGCUAACUCAGCCGCCACAAAAACCGCUCAAUUUGAUACCGAAGUUGGCGUUCAGCGUGUUCGAGCGAUGUGAGUUGUAAAUUUCCCCCACACACCGCUAGAAGCCAAAAACGCUUGCCUUAAGGAAAACCAGAUAAACCGACGAAACCAGAUGAAAACGAUCACACAGUUAACUGACUGCCUCGACGUUAAAACAACCGCUCCACGACCGCAACGCAAACGCUCAACGAAGAACUCGAAGAUCCUAGCUGUGUACAAAGCUACCACCUACCAUGUGAGCCUGCACUUAUGGAAUUGACCACUAAAUGCCCCAUAAACUUAAGUUUGUGGAUCGCUUCACCGCUAAGCUGGUGGACUGCUUCACCGCUAAGCUCGUGAACCGCUUAACUGCUAAGCUCGUGGCCAGCUAGAGCGCUAAGCUCGUGGACCUCUUGACCGCUAAGUUCGUGAACCGCUUGACCGCUAAGCAUGUGAACGCAAAACCACAGUCGUUCCGUCUCUCGAAAACACCGUCGCCAAGCUGUUGUCGAACUUUGGAACCAUGAAAUUGCGGAUUAAACACCCGAGCAAAAACCAUGGCCAAACGCAAAGACGAACAUCCCGCCAAGAUUUUCGGCCCAAAUUACGAAGAAACAACGAUUGCACAAAAGCCGAGCGUAGCCAAAGACAACGAAGAAAGAAAAUGGCUUUACCGAACAGUAAAAAAUAGCGAGAAUCAGACGGUAAAAGAAUGAUCCAAAGGCCAAACGAAGAGAGUGGCUGCCAGGAAAACGCUGUACUGAGCACAUGGAGGUGAUGCAAGCAUGGCUGACCGCGCUUGAGCCAAACGACUGACCGCUGACCACGCCCGCGCUCCUUGUUGUUAACUGUGUUAAAUAAAUAAUCUAUUUAACCUCAUUAAAACGAUCUCACCAGACAGAUCGGACCCUUAUGGUCAAGAUUAACCAAGCUCAGACACCUGUGGGAUCAAUCCAGGGAGGGGUUCCCCUGUCAAGAGUGAAUACAAACCCUGAUGAUGAUGAUGAUGAUGAUGAAAACAACGUUAAGUGGUAAUGGUUCAUUUAAGUCUUUGAAUCUUUAGCAGCUAUUGUCAACUUGUCUCUUUUGAAUAAAAUGCUAUUUGUCCGUUUUUACCUUCCGAGUUGCGACAAUAACCCAAGUAUUUGGUUAAUCUGAUCGAUUAACUGUGGAGCAGAUAAUCAAUCGAUAAUAAUUAUUGUUUCAAAUAAUAGGGCCCCUUUUGGGGCUCUAAUGUAUUACCAGGAAGGUAAAUGCGAAAGUAAAUAUGCGAUGAGGCUAUAAGCUUAUUUAUCUAAAUAUUAAUAAUAAUAUUUAUUUAGUAAUAAUAAUAAAAUAGUAAUUACAUGAUUAUUGUUAUUGUUAUCAUUUUUAUAGUGAUGAUGAUGAUGAUGAUGAUUGUUAUCAUAUACCUUUUGUUUUAAAACCUAGAGUAAGGUCAUUACAGGGAAAUCUCAGACCCGGACUUUGAUGUAUUGACCGAGUGAUAGCGUAGGACCAAAAUGAGGCGUCAAACUCGCCUUCUUUGCCCACAGAGGUUUUUCUCCAGUAACUUAGGUUUUUCCCUCUCCUCCCAAAGCAGUAUUUGGAAAUGCCAAGUCGAUCAGUAAAAGGGUUGACGCCCCAAAAACCCUUAGGUGGUUAUGUCUCUUCCAAAUCACUAAAUCGUCAACUUAUUCUGUUUUCAGAUUCAUCUUGCACGCCAAAAAGACAGGUUUCGUGGUUGAGCACGAUUUUAUCAUGGCUACGUACCUUGCUGAUCGUGUUGUGGUGUUUGAAGGUCAGCCUUCUGUCAAGACCCUAGCCAAUAGGUAAGUAAUAGAACUACAUUAUGAUCUGGAACAAUUCCUAUGAUGUAAAAUAGCGAAUAUUUUGCUGGACAUAACAUAGCUGUGUACAAAUAGGGUGAUUACUGAGGUACGGAUCGCUGUUAGUUACACAGAUGCUUGACUGACUGUCCAAUAAUUAUAGAAGCCGGUGAAUAACCUAGAAUUUUCAUGUCUGUUCAAGGUUUGAGGGUCCUUAAGAAGGAAAUCUAGACUGAUCGGUUUAGUCCGCAUUUUGUCACACUUUGUCUGAUAUUCGUUUUUAACCCUUUAAGUGUAACAAAUAAUUGCGACUGCUUGAAUUGAAUGAGAAGAGAAAAGAAAACAAAACAGAAAAACGACGAAGCGUGCCCUCAGGAUAUCUAUGUUAAGGCUGAGAAGUGAAAUAAAAACACAACACGAAUUCUGUAUUUCGAGAAGCUAAUCCGUUUCCGACCGUGUUGAUAGGCUCAUCGUCUCUUUGUGCGACAUUUAGUUUAUUAAUAAUAUUUAUUGAUGUUGAUGUUGAUUAUUAAAAUAUAAACAAUUAUGCAAGAGAUUCAAAGCGAACUUUCUCUAAUUCUUGUGAUUUUAUAUUCACACUUUGAGAUUGUUGAAAACUCUGAUUAUCUUUCUUUACUGUUCACAUUUUAUUGAGAACUUCUGGUUUCUUCCAGUCCCCAGACUCUACUGACUGGCAUGAACAAGUUUCUCCAAUCCUUGGAGAUCACCUUCCGGCGCGACCCGUCCAACUUCAGGCCACGGAUCAACAAAAUGAAUUCAGUCAAGGUAAGGCUAGCCAUUGCAUUUUACUGCGCUUUUCACAAGCACGCGAACUCUAAAGUUCAAAAGCCGCCUCCACAAUUGCGUUUUUCGUUGUUGUCGAUGAUAAUUACGAUCACAAGCAACGAACCUUGAAACGCAGAAACAAACAAAACGGAUUGAAAUCCGCCAAUCACGGAUCACAAACAAUGACCUUUUGAACCCGUUUAAGCAAAGUUCUCUGUCCUAAGAGGUCCGCUAAGAUGAUUGACAGCAGCGAAAAACGCAAACUUCAGAGUUCGUGUGUUUUUAAAAAGCGCUGUAAAUCAAGAAGGGCGUAGCCGUUUAACAACUUGUCAACACUACGAAUCCCCCGUCUGGUUAGCUUAGUUGUGGUUCUGCCGAGCGGGAGGACGUGGGCUAAGACCAUCCCUUUUUUGUCUAGGGUCAAAUGCGUUUCCACAUUUUGAGUCGGUCACGGAGGACAAAAAGAAAGUAAGAAAAAAAAAUCACAAGUAAGAAAAAAAAGUAGUUGGGGAAUAAAUGGCAUCAUUUUGUAGAGCCGGGAAACAACAAGACAUAUAAUCACAGACUGUGGUGGUCGACACCAUAUUAAAAGUGGCAUACGAUAAAAUCUGGUGUGGAGUGAUAAAACAUGGAGUGAUAAAACGUGCAGUGGUAAAACAUGUUUCAUUACUCCACGUUUUAUCCCUCCACUCCAUGUUUUACCACUCCUCUCCAUUCCAUGUUUUAUCGUUUGCCAGUAAAAGUAAAACAUGGCAAAAAUGAUACACUUGAGAAACCACUAUGGUACAAAAUGCUGUUACAAUGCUCACUUUUAGAUUGAAAGAACUAAUCCAAGUUUUUCUUUUUUUGAAAAUGCCAAAAAUUCUGGGUCUGUCGGACGACGCUAUUAAAACGGAGAAAAAAUGGACUUCGAGUAGUCCCCCAUUUUUCCUUAGGGAUAGUAGAGCGAGCGAAACGCGAGCGCGCGUGAAAAUCGCCCCACGCGAGAAAAGGUGACACGCGUCAGUCAAGCAUCUCUCCCCACCGCGUCUCGCCUUUCUUGCGUGGGAUGAUUUUCACGACGUGAAAAUGUCUAAUUUCGCGUUUUACGGAGGACGUAAACAAGCAACGACGAAAUUUUAUUUCUCUUUCUGAGCUCUGGAUAUGGUCCCUUGAAAUUCAGCUUCAGGAGGGUUCGCCUACAAUGGGUAGGAAUAAUCGCUAUAAAGACUGUAGGAACGCAAGUCCUUUUUUUAAUCGACGUUCUCGUUGCUGUCGCUUCGUUGGAUCUUAAAGUCCCUAUUAUCCCUGAGGAAAAAUGGGGGACUACUCUCAGUCUAGAUAAAAAAGGGGAUGUCUUAAAACCCCGCCGGGUUAAACAGCCAGAGUCUGUCAAACACUGACAUGAUCAUGCUGGCUGUGAUGUAAGAUCUUCUUUCAGUUCAGGUGAUCUCGUCAUUGGGUAGUCUGCUACAAAGCCGUUUUUAGAGUCGUCAGGAGCGUUGCGUGACGACACUAAAAACGGCUGUGUAGCAGACCAGUCAUUGGGCAGUAGCGUUAAGCUGUCGGCCUUGUUACCACCUUCAUCCUGUCUUACCAAAAGGCCAUUUUUAUUUGAUACGACCCUUCUUGCUUUAUUAUGUCAAUCAUGUUGUUCUAAAGCUAACAUGAAUUUUUUUAGCAUAAUUUCCAUAAGAAAACGAACGAGGAUUGUGUCAAAACAAAGUCAACCUCAGCCUCACAUUCACUCGAAGGCUAAGGUACUUGGCCUACAACUGUGAAAUGGUCUAUUGAAAGGGGACGUAAAAUAAGCCAAACUGCUGUUGGAAAAAAGUAGGGGACAAAGACCCCGGUGGGGUAUGGUCUAUCUCAUGGGGGGACUGUUACAGGCCGGCAGUAAUUGCUGUCAUGCGCUGUUGCGGUGACCUGCCAAAAUUGGCCAAACUGAGGACAUAAAUGAACAAAAUUUAAAAAAUAAACGAUAUGUUUUUAUCGCAGGAUUGUGAACAGAAACGAACAGGCAACUACUUUUACCUUGAAGACUGA